AUUGAAGAUGCCCCUCUACUUCUACUACUACUACUAAUUCUCUUCUCUACCUUAUCACAAGAAACGAAUGAUUCACAUUCUCUAAACACUCAACACAAUACAUUAAUAUAAUACACUCUUCUUUCUCUAUUUCUUCAAUCAUCACUAAUAAAAACCAAAACAAAAUAGUACGUUCUUUUUUGUAUAUAUGGCUUCAGAUGAGACCAUGAUCACAAUUCAAGAUGAAGACUUUGAAGAAGAAGAUGAUUAUAUUAAUGAUGGGUUUGAUCAUCAUCAUAAUCAAAAUCACCAUAACUUGUCAAGGCUUUCAGUUUGUACAAACAGCACUAUAUGUGAUGAUGUUGAUAAUCUAGCUUCCAUCUGUAUGUCACACUUGUCCAUUGAAAGUUUUGAAGCUGAUGGUGGUGAUGAAGCAGAUGGUGAAUUUUCUGCUGAUGGAAAAGAUGAUCAGUUACUACAACCAGGUUUGUCCUCUGGCUCUGAAAAUGAAUCAGGUAGUUGUUAUUCGUUACCGGCGACGCCACCAAGACGGAGGAGUUUGGUUCCGAUGAGUGUUGUUGGAGUGAAAGAUUAUGCAAGUGAGAAUGAAGCAAGAAAAGAAACAAAGGAAAGUGGUUUGGGAGGUAGGAGAAGGAGGAGGAGAAGGAGAAUGAGAAGUGGUGUGUUUGAAAGGGGAAAUAGUUGGGAGAAUUUAUGGGAUCAGAAGAAGAAAAUGAUGAAAGAGAAAGAGAAAUUAGAGAAUGGUGUGAAUAGUGGUGAGAGUGAUCAGAGUACUGGGGUGAUGGUGAUUACUAGGCCUAAAGGUGGGAAUAGGAGUUUGUGUAUGGAUUUGGAAGAAGUUAAAGCUUGUAGAGAUCUUGGAUUUGAGUUGGAACAUGAAAGAAUUUCUGCUGUUUCUUUCUCUAAUUCAACACUUGAUACUAGCAGUGGUGGUAAUUCACCUAUUGCUAAUUGGCGAAUCUCCGGUCCCGGUGAUGAUCCAAGAGAUGUGAAGGCACGACUCAAAGUGUGGGCACAGGCAGUAGCAAUAGCAUCUGCCACCAAAUAUGGCUCAUGACACCCAAUUUUCUUGAUAGCUAAUACCUACUUCCUUUUUUUGGCGAUUGAGACAGUGUACAUUAUUCUAUUAUUAUUUAACUAUGUAUAAGCUUUUCUUUCCUUCCACUAUGAUCGGUUAUAGAAUGAAUUUCAUUGUAUUUAUUUUGGAGUUCUUCUCAUAAAUUUUUUCCCAAGGGUGCUGGAUUUUCGGGUUCAUGUGAUGGUAGCUUAAUUUUCCUCUGUACCGUGGAAGUGUAUAUGUAUUUUUUUUUUUGGUUUAAACUGCUUACAGGUAAUAAGAUUAAGAAGUUGUGAUA